AUGCCACCACCGCACGAUGGCAACGAGUAUACCGAGUUCCAGGAUCUCAUCCGACUGGAGCGCAUCAAUAGGAUCACCUUCCGCUCGAUAGCUCUUCCCUUCUCUCCUGGCGGCCAACUCAAGAAUGCCGUUGCGAGAUCGUAUGGCGGGCAUGUAUAUGCUCAGGCUGCGUGGGCGGCUUGUCAGACUGUGAAGGAUGGCUUGCUGCUAUAUACGUUGCAGUCCGCUUCGGCGGCAUUCGACGACGUAGGUGCUUCUGAGUUGGCCUCGUUCCCUGACACCUUCCAGAAUGUAAUAGGCCACUUUCACCGUCCAGGCUCGCGAACCACACCUUUCGUAUACACGGUCAAGAACAUCAGUGACGGUAGAUCGACGGCUACGCGCGAAGUAUCUGUCGUAGUACAGGGAGAGGCGCUCCCUUGUUUCACGAGUACUUGCUCGUUCAAGAGGCUCGAAGACAGCCUGUUGGAUGUCCAGGACAAGGUGGAUCUGUGGAAGCAAUAUGAAGACACUCUUAGGCACAAGCGCCCCGAUGACUUCGAGGAGGUACCCGGCGUGGACGCGCCGUGGUAUUGGCAGCUCCGAAAGGAGACGGGCAGGAACGACAGCUUCCCGGGGCUGGACAUGAGGAAGGUCGACCAAGAGUCAUACAACAAACAUCGGCAUCCGCUCGAACGAAGAGGUCUGAUCUUCUACCGCCCCAUCGGACAGCUGGCAGCUGACCCCAACCUGCACCUAUGCGCUCACCUCUACGCAAGCGAUCGCAACAGCCUCUACAUCGUCGCAAACCAGAUGGACGUGGGCGACCUCUACACCCAGAUGAGCAGCCUUGUGCAUCAAACUUCGUUCCAUGGGAAUAUGGAGGACCUCAUGUUUGGCCCUUCGGAAACCAACCAUGGUCCCAUGGACGACAAAACUCCACCUGGAAAGUGGUUCUGUAAGGAAGACCUUACGCUUCGAGCGGCGAGUGGGCGCGCGAUGCUUCAUGGCAGACUCUGGGCGUCUAACGGAGCCCACAUCGGUACCGUGACGCAGGAUGGCAUGAUCAGGUUUACGAAGAAGCCUACCGCUACUGCCGAGGAGGCAACGAGCUUACGAACGCGGCAGGCCAGAUGGCCACCAAGAGAGAAAUUGUGA